UACCAAUAUUUUUUAUUACAUUGUUGAUGAUGGCCAACAAACAAUGAAACAAUAUCGAAAUUCCAACUUAUCAUUCCAGAACAAAACAAUCAUCUUAUCCUCUCCAUUCUCCCAUUUCACCCACUUUGCCCCCUCCACGGCGGCGCGUGCAUGGACACCCUCCACUACUACCUAGUCAACCACCCAACCAUCACCAAGUUCCAAUGGACACCAAACAAAACAUGGGGUGCAUCACCUCUUUUCCUCACCACCACCAUUCUAACUUACCUCACCCUCACUCUCACUCUCCCACGCGCCGCCCUCCCCACCGUCCACCCCACUUUCCUCCGCCUCAUCUCCACCGUCCAUAACCUCAUCCUUUUAUCUCUUUCCCUUGUCAUGGCCUUUGGUUGCUUUUUAUCCUCAUUAUCCACAAUGCCUAAUUUACAGUGGAUCGUUUGUUUCCCACCCAAUCACACCCCUCCACGUGGCCCACUCUUUUUUUGGGCUUACAUUUUUUACUUUUCUAAAAUUCUUGAAUUUUUUGACACUUUUUUAAUUAUCAUUAGUAGUAGUAAAAGUAAUAAUCGAAGGCUUUCGUUUCUUCAUGUAUACCAUCAUUCGGUAGUGGUUGUUAUGUGUUACUUGUGGCUUUCGACGUCGCAGUCGUUGUUCCCGAUUGCUCUCGUUACUAAUGCGUCUGUGCACGUUUUGAUGUACGCGUAUUAUAUGUUAUGCGCGCUUGGCUGGAGGCCGUGGUGGAAGGUUUUGGUUACUAAUUGCCAAAUUGUUCAGUUUGUGUUUAGUUUCUUGGUGUCGGGUUUGAUGUUGUAUUAUCAUUUUAACACGGCCGAUGGUUGUUCUGGGUUCUACGGUUGGUGUUUUAAUGCUGUUUUUAACGCCUCUCUUUUGGCGUUGUUUGUUAACUUUCAUUUCAAGAACUACGAUAAAAAGAAGGCGGCGAAAAGAUCGUGAUGUACCUUACACAAACAUGGUUGAGCAAUGUGCGUUUGCCAAAUGCGCGCUAAUGCAAAAACCGAGCCAAGUUAAGUUGUCAAGAAGUUUAACAGUGAUUUCAGUGAAAUGACUUGCUAUUUGUAGCUUAUCAAUAUAUUGAUUUGGGUUGUAUUCUGUUGUGACAUUUCCAUUUUAUUGCAACUCCAUCAGUUUGAACUGUUUCAUGGUUUUGCUAUAUUUAGAAAGAUUAAUGUAUCAUCAGAUUUUGUUACUCAAAUCCGUACAUAUAUGAAA